AUGAAUCCUUCACGUAUAAAUCUUGUCACAUAUAUCUUAGCUACCUUAUUAAUAUCGGGCUGUCAAAGUGAAUUUAAUGAGACAGAUGCUGACACAAAUAUGAGUCGAUUUAUCGCUGACUUAUGGUUGGAAGGUGCUGACAUAUUCCGAAUUAUUUGGAGAGAUUGUUCUAAAAAAUUGGUAGACGUGAAAGAUGUAAUAGAUCACAAGGAAUAUUUCCCGAAGUUCGUCAGAUGUAUGAAACGAAAAACUUUGAGAGCGCUUGAUCGUUCGUUGACCCCUGAUGUGGUGCCGGUAGCUGAUGGUAUCAACUUAGUUCGUUUCGAACUCGUCGACAGAUCGGGUAACAUCUUGGCGGAAAAUGAAACCAGUUCAUGGACAGAUAAGGAGCUAGAAGAGAGUGAUUGGCGUACGCUAGCAUUAAAAAGGAUGGCAAACGUUCUCAAAACUCACGUGAUAAAGUUUGACAUUGACGAUGGAAGAAGCAUAGAAAAAGUUGAAUUCAGGGGCCGCCGUCGUCAUCAUAUGAUGACAAUGAUGAUGUUUGGAGUUGUCUCCAUUGGCAUGGUAAUAGUGCCUAUGGGAUUUCAGUUCCUUGCAGUACUUGGAGGAAAAGCCCUUUUGUUAGCCAAAAUGGCCCUUAUUCUUGCUUCUAUACAAGGAUUAAAAAAGAUUUCUACAAGUCCGGUGAACUACGGUUUCUACCAUCAUCCUUAUGACUACCCUUAUGAGAAAAGAAGUCGGGACGAUCGAGAUUGGCCACUUUCAGGGAUCAUGCCAUCAACACCACCACCAUCGAUGUCAAUACACAACCCUUGGAGAGACAACGAAAUCAUUAAUACAGAUAGAAUGCAACUAUCGCAAAAUAACAAGGAACGUACUACUAAAGCUCUUGACAUAGUUACUUGGACACCAGAACUAACAAAAGCAUUAAAAGAAGAAGAUAUAAAAUCAAGACUUUAUCCCGUUUAUACUGCACCAUCCAAGGUUCCUGACCCAAUAUUUACUGCUAUUGAUGCACCUACACAAGUAGUAGACUUUACAACAAGACCUGCAGACGUACAAGCAGAUUACUCCUUAGAUUUACCGUACAAUAGAUUUCACUUUCAAAGUCCCACUACUGUCGUUUCAGCUUGA